UUGUUUCAGCGCUCCGAAGAAUGGCGGACAGAGCUGGACCUCUACGCGAGCGGGCUACGGGUCUGCACCCAAAAUGCCAAGGUUCACUAUAACCUUGGCAAAGUUCUGAGCAGAAUUGGUGACGUAGACGGGGCGGAACACAAUUACUGGAAUGCCAUCCGGAAGCGCGUCAAAACUCAUCCAUGGAUCUAUCUCAAGCUGAGACCUCCAGUGCAGACUGUCUCUCUCAAUCUUGGAAUGCUCUACGAGAGUGAAAUAAAAGACCCGAGCAUGACACUUCGGAAGCGUGGAAGAAAAGCCACAAAUAAGCUCGAUCCUCAUCACAGCAAAGCAUUGACUAACAUUUUUGUGGCGUUGGACGAGCGUGAGGAAUGUGAUGCCGUGGUGACCAUGGCUGAAAGGAUUCCGAACACGGUCGUGGACCAGUCGGCUGCACUCGCUUUCCAGAUUGGAGUAUGUCUGGGGAAAAUCGCUCGAUUUGCUGAAGCUGAACGAGUCCUGUAUCAGCGAUGGGCCCGAUAUGAUUUGGCCGAGAACUCCUAUAUCCAGGCUUUGUUGAUAGAUUCAGAGACGCAAUCGAUCAAAUGGAAUCUACGGGCAGUUCAGGAAAAGCUUAACAGGACCAGACAGAGUGAUAGGGCCAACACAUAUUUUUAUUCACUAAAAAUGGUCACGAUUAAGGAAGCGCUCAACUCAUUCCAUCGAUCUAUCCAGCUGCGACCCUCCAGUGCAGACUGUCUCUUCAAUCUCGGAAAUCUCUACCAGAAAAUGAAAAGACCCGAGCGUGCACUCGAAGCGUGGAAGAACGCCACAAUGCUCGAUCCUCAUCACAGCAAAGCAUUGACUAACAUUUUUGUGGCGUUGGACGAGCGUGAGGAAUGUGAUGCCGUGGUGACCAUGGCUGAAAGGAUUCCGAACACGGUCGUGGACCAGUCGGCUGCACUCGCUUUCCAGAUUGGAGUAUGUCUGGGGAAAAUCGCUCGAUUUGCUGAAGCUGAACGUCAUCUGAAAAUCGCCAUUGAGCUCAGCCCACAGAAUGCCA